UUGUUUCGACUGCAAAAGUGCUUGUCUGCAGCGGUGCAACCGCCUCGAAGCAAAUGGUGGUUCACAGAGUUCUCAAGUUUCCAGUGAACGCCAAGACAACCACUAUUUACCUACUCACGGCCGCGGGAGUCACCUUCCAAGUAGCUUCCCGUCCCAAUCUCCUUCAACUUUCCUCUUCAACUGAUUUUUUCGAGAAAAUUAGGACUGGAGUCGAAGGCGUUAUUCGCUCCUCCAGCGCGAUCUCGACCAUUGCCUUUUCUGUUGUUGACUACAAGUAUUCUUUACGUGGACUCUCUGAAGACUCUAAUGAUUAUCGAGAAAAAUUAUCUGAGGUCCAUUUACGCUCGGCCCAUAGAAUACUGAAGAUGUGUGAAGCCAAUAAAGGUUUCUAUGUGAAAGCUGGUCAGUUUGUUGCUGCAAUGCGGCAGGUGCCAAUGGAAUACUCAACAACCCUUUCCUCUUUACAGGAUCAGGCAGUUCCUUGUAACUUCAAAGAUAUAAAAAAAGUGCUAUCAAGCAAUCUAGGUAAAGACUUGUCCGAAAUAUUCUUAUCCUUUGACGAGCAACCGAUAGCUGCAGCAUCUAUUGCACAAGCACAUUAUGCGAUUUUGAAAGAUUAUCAAGAAGUAGCUGUUAAGGUUCAGUACCCUGGAUUAGAACGGAGAAUGAAAAUAGACACAAAAACCAUGUCGGUUCUUUCCAAAUUUGUUGCAUGGUUUUUUCCUGAUUACAGGUUUCACUGGCUGGUGUCAGAAUUCACAGAGGCUAUUUCUUCAGAACUUAAUUUCAUUCAAGAGGCAAAAAAUUCUGAGAGAACUGCUGAAAACUUCAAGAAAAACAACAUGGUCAGGGUUCCUCGUGUAUAUUGGGAGCUCACUACAAGCCAUGUUCUGACGAUGGAGUUCUGUAGAGGACAAAAGGUUGAUGACGUUGGAUUUCUGAGGGAAAUGAAAAUAAAUCCUACAAAGGUUGCAAAAGCAUUGGUCGAAAUAUUUGCAGAAAUGAUUUUUAUCCAUGGUUUCGUGCAUGGAGAUCCACACCCUGGUAAUAUAUUAGUUUCUCCGGAAGGUCCAAACGGCUUCACUUUGGUUCUUCUGGAUCAUGGAAUCUACAGACAAUUAGAUGAAGGAUUUCAACAGGAUUACUGUAAGCUCUGGAAGGCCUUGAUUCUUCUGGACUCAAAUGAGAUACGGCAUCUAAGUGAACGAUUUGGUGUCGGGAACUAUUAUCGCUACUUUCCUCUAAUUUUCACUGGACAGCCCAUUGACAGUAAAUCAGCUCUUGGGAGAGUCGUGUCCACUGAAGAGAAAAAUAAAAUAAAGCAGGAGUUUAAGUCUGUAAAGAUGGAGGACAUAUCUUCAUUUAUGGAAUCGCUCCCUCCUGAUUUUCUAAGGAUAUUGCGAACUGAUGGGCUAUUGCGGUCCAUAAUGAGGAAAUUGGGUGCUCCACAGCAGGUGAGGCUGCUGGCUUAUGCAAAAUAUGCAAUAUACGGUCUCUCUCUGAAUUUGAAUCAAGAAUCUGAAUUUGUGGCAAAGAUCGCGUUUUCUAGGUUAAAGGCAAAUCUGAGCUACCUUCGGUUAAGGCUCCUGCUCGAGAUACUUGAGUUCUUUUCUUGGAUGGAGUUGGUCAAACGGUAUGUAUACACCUUGUGCAUAAAGAUCAGUCAAGGCAUGUCGAUGCUAGUGACGCCAUUUGGGUAAUCACCUUUCAGAAUCAUAUCUCCUCCUCGACGAACACAUGCAGCACGGAACUGGUUCUAGCAAUUAAUUGGAAGUCCUAGAGAUGAUGACAAUGAACAAUUGUAACCAGAAAUGGGCUGCCUUUUUGCAAACCCAGAUGCGAAGUUGGUGAAAGCUGAGCUUAACUAUCAUCCAUUUCUGGUGGGAUCCAAUCCCCUUUGUUUCGCUUGAAAAUACUUUGCACAUAAUUUAAUGUAAUGGAAUCCUCACAACCACUAUACUCUUCU